CAUCGGAGGUAUACAUAACUGGCCUAGAAGGAAUAAUCGGGAUCCCGCCCCGGCUUCCUGCCACUACGGAUUCAUUUAUUGACAGAACGAAUGAAGACACCCCAUCACUACCAUCUAACCUUUCAUGUAGGGAGCAGACUGGCGAUGUUGGUGGAGACCUUAUAAAGCGGUGUGCUCCUCUUUUCUGGGUUUCUAUCCGCGGUCUGGCCGGCAUGUCGUUGUUUUACACUAGUGGCUCAGUCGCAGCCCUCCUCUUCCUGGUAUUCCUCGCCUGCAGAGCACUCUGGAACCAACGCAGACGACCCGCCCCGUUCCCUCCAGGUCCGCCUGCGGAUCCAUUGAUUGGCAAUGUUCGAUUUUUCCCUGUCAACGACACGCCCGCAGGUCUCACGAAAUUGGCCAGGAAAUACGGUGACGUGAUGUACUUCAACAUCUUGGGGAAAUCGCUCGUCGUUCUUAGCAGCCAGGAAGCCGCAUCGGACCUGUUGGAAAAGCGAAGUGCAAUAUAUAGUAGUCGUCCGCGCUCCAUCGCUCAAGAGUUGAUUGGGUGGACAGAUAUGCUCGGAUUCCUGCCUUACGGGGAGCAAUUUCACAAGCAGCGCAAGCUUUUCCAACAGGCUUUCACGAAGCAAGGCUGUGUCGUAUUCCAGCCGAGUCAGCUGUCUCAGACCCAUGUGCUGCUGAAGAAGGUUCUGCAAGACCCAGAGCGUUUCGACGAUCACGUGCGACGAUUCUCUACUGCGGUUAUCAUGGAGAUAACGUACGGGUACAAAGUCGCUUCCGAUGAUGACCCUUACCUCGGUAUGAUGGAGAGAACAACCAAGAUCGUGGAGGAAGCAGGCAAUUCUCUGACUAUCCUCGAUUUCUUCCCUUCACUCAGCUACCUGCCUAGCUGGUUUCCAGGAAACUGGUUCGGCCACAUUGCAAAAGACGGACCGCCGUUGAUGCGGCAAAUGAAGGAAAUGCCAUUUGAGUGGGUGCGCCAACAGAUGGUCAUUGGAAAUGCCACUCCCAGCUUCACAUCGAUGCACAUUGAGGAACUCGAGCGAAAUGGAGAAGCAAGCCCCAAGGAUUUGGAGACCUUGAAGGUUGCUUCAGCGCAGAUGUACACGGCUGGAGCAGAGACAACAUGGUCAUCACUCAUGUCGAUCAUUGCGAUACUGCUUUUCCAUCCCGAGGUUCAGCGUAAGGCGCAGGAAGAGCUGGAUAGAGUUGUCGGUGGGGGGAGAUUACCUGACUUCGGUGACCGUGAGUCGCUUCCCUACCUCGAGGCCGUCAUCCAGGAGACGACAAGGUGGCACCCAACUACCCAGCUCGGCUUGCCGCAUAGUAGCACUGCGGACGACAUCUAUCGUGGUAUGUACAUUCCCAAGGAUGCCAUCGUUCUCUAUAACAGCUCCGCGAUGUCCAAGGACGACAGGGUGUACAGCAACCCUGACUUAUUCCGACCCGAACGCUUCCUCCCCCCUGAGUCAGAGCCGUCAUCCGUAAAUAUCAAUUUCGGCUGGGGACGCAGGAUAUGCCCGGGACGGCACCUAGCCGACGCUAGCCUCUGGAUUGUCAUCGCAUCGUUCCUUACCGCCUUCGAGGUUGUACCGGCAAAAGAUGGCAAGGGACAAGACAUCAUCCCUGAGCUCAAUUGGCUCCCCGGACUGGCAAGCCAUCCUGCGCCAUACCCGCGCGUGAUACGACCACGCUCGAGCAAUGCGGCACAGCUGGUCGCUCGUCUCUGAUUGUGCGUCAAGUAAGCACACUAUGAUCUGGCCCAACGCGCGAAAAACAAAUGCCCCCUCGUACUUGAAUAUUCCGGGGAGAUGAGCAGUGCAACGACCUAGUAAUCGCGUAUCCCGGACAGGGUAUUCCUGCUCUUGCGUGUCCCCGUGUUCAGAGGGAGAGCUGGUCUUAGUAUAUGCACAGACGACAGUCCGUAUAUACUGUCU